AUGCAUAUAUUUAAAAUGGCGGACGAGCUGGAAGGUCUUCGGCGGGAGAUUGAACAAAAAACUUUGGAGCUUGAAUCAUUAAAAAACCUGUUAGCCCUCAAGGUAAGGAAUGUUAAUUGCUGAAUAGAAUGCAACAGUUUGUAGAGGCAUUAAGCGAUUUUAUUGCAAGGCCCUGUGCUCGCCCUUGUUGUGCAAUUAUUAAGCUUAUGUUUGUUCACUGGUUUGUUCUUCUUGAUCGAAUGCAACGUGGGUUUCAAAUUAAGGGAAGCGAUUUCGCUUGUAUUCAACAGUUUGCAAAUGUUAACCCAGGACCUUCUCAAGUACUGUAAUAGGGUCAAAGCGCAGAGUGCAGAGUAACUUUAUUGAUGUGGAAUUGUUUGUUGUGUGAUGUACUUAUAAUACAAAUAUUAUAAUUGCAUGUGUGUCUCUUAAAAAAUAAUGUAAUUUUAGAAAGUUUGAAAUGCUUCAUGGUCUGUGUUUUUACAGGAAAAAGAGUAUGCUACCCAUGCCCUAAAUGGGUGUCCUCCGGCAUCUAACUGCUCCAGUUUUAUAGAACCUCGGAAGACAGACAAAUUGAAUAACAGAGAUAUUUUGCGGUAUAGCAGGCAACUGAUAUUACCAGAGAUUGGUGUUAAAGGUAUGGGGUUAUUCAAGACAAACGUAAAUUAUUUUCAAUAUCAUGUUUAUGGUGUCUUUGACAACCCUUUCAUUUCCAAAGUCAAUUAUUAUUGAGGGACAAAAUGUUGUUACAACUCUGUGGAUGAAAACCUUAAUUGACUUGAGUAUUUCCAUUAUAUGCCAGCUCUCUCAGAGUACCUGGGAGUACCAUAUAAUUUAUUCAAUUUAAUGCCGCCUUCGAAUAAACGCUGCCCUCGAUCAAUCGCCGCAAAUGGAAGCAAAAUUACCAAUACUGGUAAACACCGCCCUUGAAUAAACACCGCCCCUAGAGAAAUGCAGCAAUUACUUGAGGAUAAUAAGAAAAACCUUGGUACAACUUUGUAAUUUAUACCUUCCAGGCAUUUACGAUUCUAUCUCAGUAAAAUAAAGGAGACAUUGGAACCAUUUUCAAUAACUGUCGUCAGUGAUUUAGAAAAAGUCAUUUCGAAAUAAACGGCGCCCUCAAAUAAAUGCCGCCCUUGAAUAAAAGCUGCAUUGGAAACACUAAAAAUUUAAUAAACGCCGUGUCGUUAAAUCAAAUAAAUACAGUACCGUGGAUUUGGCACAAAUCCCCAAUACACUCUCCCAUUCAGAUCGCCAGUUCUCCUGAGAUAAAAUUUGAUUUUUAGCCUUUCCGUGAUAAAUGCCUAUUGUGUUGCCUAUUUUUUCCAAUUAAUGUCUUUUUUUUUACAAAAAGUGUAAGUACAAUGCAUCAAUGGUUUUUGCAGCAUUUUGGGGCGAUAUUGAAGUCAGGGGGGAGUACUGCAGUAGUCAUAGAGGCAUUCUAUCUCUUGAGGUUGGCAUCUCUGCAGAUCGUUUGCAUGGUCUAUUUCUUUUUUUUUGACUUUAUAAAAUGACCUUAAGGAUUUUCCUGCAAUUUUUGUUUUGAUAUUGUUUGGAGUGAAAGAGUUGGAAAACACCAAAUUUUACUGAAAGUCACCAUGACAGCAACUGACAUGCAAUCAUUGAAGCAUUCCUAGCCUCUUAUGAUUAGCUCAGAUAUCUCACUCUUUCUAGCUGUAAUUAUACCUCAUGCCCCUGGUCUCAUGCGAUGCAUUAUUUUUUUCCAGGACAGAUACAGUUGUACAAUACAUCGGUACUCAUUAUAGGAGCUGGUGGUCUUGGGUGUCCUGUGGCACAGUAUUUAGCAGCUGCUGGAGUAGGUAUGCCUUUUGCCUUUUAACUAUUUGAAGCAAUGUCACAACAAUAUAAAUAUUGUAAUGUUAUGUUGCGCUAAAAAUUGUUGUUGUGAAUUGCCUUGUUUAACAUCACCUUUAGGGUUGGUCUAAAAAAGAGAACUAUACAUGACUAUAGCACUGACUUGUGCUGGAUUGCAUAUUAAUUAACUUAAAAUAAAUUGUUCUUGGUGUGGUGGUUAAGAAGCCAGUUCACUUAUUUUGAACCCUGUUAUUCUCAAUGGUGCCAACAUCUCAAUUCAAGAAAAAUUUCAAAUUUACUUUCAAAAAAUUGUGGAAAAAUAUUGAAGAGAAAAUAGUUUAAUUUGAGUAAAGACAGAAAGGUAUCAUUAACUUUGAAUUGUGAUAUCAAAGGAUGUCAUCCAAAACGUAAAAGAACCAGGGAGACAACAGUGUUCUACCUAAGUUUUUGCUUAGCAGGUCAGGGACCAUUCACAGCCGGUAAGGCAAAAAAUAUGUACCACAGAGGGGUACGUUUCACGAGACAGGCGGUUAGUGUAGUGCAGGAAAUGGCCCCGCUCUUACCGGGAAAUUUAGGAGCUAAGUUCUGAAAUGUUAUUCCCUAAAUGUAAGACCUGCUUUAUGCAAAUUGGCUGUUGUUACCUUUUAACAACAAAUUAACACGACUGAUUUCAAUAGUGUCUUCAGUGUUCUCUUUCUAAAAUGUGUGGCACAUAAAAAGAAAAGCUGUGUAUACUUAAGUAAGUCCAUGUAGUCAUUCAUUUUCUUGUGGCAUGUGAUAAUUGGAUCAGAUGACAACUUGUGUAUUUUUCAAAAGUACUUCUUUAAUUUUAGUAAACCUUCAGGCCACUGCACGCGGUAAAAAGUGUUGCUUCAGGUGGUAAAUUUUACCGGUUACUGCCUGAUAAGGAGAACACUGAGACAAUCGUAAGUAUGCAACGGUCUGUCACAUCAUGACUUGUUCUUGAUCUCAUACAUUCAGAGUAAUUCAGUGUAAAUAGGUUGCAUGACAAUUUAUUGCUCUAAUCAAAGAGCCCGCAAUGUUGGCCUUUGCUUGAAUUUAUUUGAGUCUGGGAGCCAAAUGAUUUUUCUUGAAAGUUGUUUUGGAAUUGUCUACUGUUGCAGGUUGCAUAGGAAUUGUCGAUUAUGAUACAGUGGAAAUAAGCAAUCUUCAUCGACAAGUUCUUCACACAGAAGGCAGGGUGAACAUCUCCAAAGCCGAAUCUAUUAAAAUCCAGUUAAAUCAGUAAGUUGUUAUCUUUAAAAUUAAUAUUUGAUAUCCAUAAUGACAACCAACAGCAACCUCCUAGUUAAAUAAAGCUGUCCUUGUUAUUAUUAAAGCUAUGUGGGGAAAAUUGAAUUUGGGACUUCUGAGAACAAAUUCAGCUAGCUCUCAGGCCAGGACUUGAACUCGGGGCCUGCGGAGACCAGCGCACUAAUCGCUCGGCCAUCUUCACUAGAAACUCAAUACAAACAGUUUGUGUUCCACCACCCCAUCAACACAGUGUAUCAUAAUUUCUUUAGAAACCAGCCCUUUUAUUCAUCUCUUCAGUUUAUUAGGUAGGUGUUUAUACUUUGGAUCUCUACUAGUACCAUGAUUACAUUUGGAAUUGAAUGGACACACAAAGCAACUUCCAGAACGUUAAUAUUUCUCUUUGCUCAGUGUCUACAUGUAAAUGUAAGCACUACCUUUUCUGGUCUUAUUAAUUUUUACUUGACUUUUCAUUUAUCAUCAGGUUGAACUCAACUGUCAAGUGCAUACCAUACAAUGUGCAGCUUACAAGCAGUAAUGCUCCAGAAAUAAUUGAAAAAUAUCCUUUUAUUUUUACACUACUUUAUUAUUGUCUUUUAAUUUUAAGGGUGCCUACAGUUCAUUCGGUUCAUUCCCAGUAUUUUAUUCCUUAAUUAACAAACAUAUGAUAUUGUGUUAGAUGCAACAGACAAUGUGGCUACCAGGUAAAGUUGGAUUUACUUCUAAUCAGAGUGAUGUAUGCAUUUAGUCUUUAUCCAGGGCUAGAAAAAAUGUUGAAAUCUAGCUUGUCCUUUGAGUAUAAAGUGGCUCUCACAUUUUGUUUGACUGGAACCAUUUCUUGCUCGUCGUAGCUGUGAUUUUGGUAUUGGAUGACUUGCCCAGACCCUUGCCCAGUAAGAAAAUCUACUUUUCCCAGACUACUGAUUGGGACUUUUUUCGAGCCCUUUUUAUUAUCACAAAAUGACACAGGUUGUUUUGCGAUUAGCAAGCAACAUUUCAUAUUUGAUGAACUUGCCUUUUCUAACCAGCUUGUCACAUAGACAAUCAGAGCAUUCAUUAGGCAUCGGAGAUCGGAGAAUAUUUCUCUGUUUACUAUGCAGAAUUUUCUGGCUAACAUUCGGUAGCCUAUGACAAUUUUUAUUCAGACAUGGGGACUCUUUCAGAAUAUUCUUGUGUACUGUUACACCUUUAUCCUGCUACUAGAAUUCUUAUUGUAUUUUUAUCAGGACAUGAUGAAAUGUGUUCAGAUGAUUUCUGUAUAAACAAACAGCUCGCCCCAUCUUCCCCACUCCCAGUUAUGAAUAUAGACCCUUUGCAGCUCACCCUUCAAUUCAUGUGACCUGCUUGAUCCAAAAGUUAUGGGAUAUAACUGAAACAAUACUGGAGAUGGAAAAGGUGUUAGAAAACUAGCUUGGAAACCAGAAGUGAUUGAUACAAAGGAAUAAGAUUUUAUGGCUGUUGGAAUAAUAUUAUUACAGUCUACAAAGUUUUAAGGGUUUAUAUGGAAGAAAUUCAAACGAACAUGAAAUGAAACCGCAUGUGAAGAGUAUCAAACCUACCGAUGAAAUUAUAUUUGGCAAACCCAGCAUUUGUGUUAUGCUCUUUAGAUCUCUACCGCAUAUUUGCAUCCCAUAAUUUUGGGAAAGGCCCUAUUUAAACAAAGCUUAGAGUGAGGUCUAUGUGUAUUCUCAAGGGUCACGUUGAAAAUUAAAAAGUAAGUAUAUGUUACAGGUCAAAAUUAAAUCUAGGUUAAAAAUUUUUUAACCUAGAUUGAUUUUCAAUUUCCUUUGUCUUCUAACCCUAAUUCAUGAAUAGUUACAGCUCAGAGACAAAGGAAAUAGAGAAUCAACCUAGGUUGAACAUUUUUUAACCUGAAUUUAAUUUUGACCUGUAACAUAUACAUCAUGUAGUCUAAUUGAGUAAAUAUCUUCUGUAAUUCUUGAUCUCUACCUGUACCAGAUAUUUGUUGAAUGAUGCCUGUGUUUUGGCAAAGAAGCCCUUGGUAUCUGGCAGUGCCUUGAGAUUUGAGGGGCAGGUAGGGUUGUAUUCUAUCUCCUAUGAUCUGAAUAUAUUUUACUUUAAAGUUUUGUUUGUUUCCUCUUUUGACAAACUCCUGUACAGUAAUCAAAAUUUUAUACAGUCAAACCUGUAUAUGCGGCCCUGUUUAUAGUGGUCACUCUGUAUAUUACGGUCACCGCACAACUUCCCUAAAUUUUCAGUUGCCCUAUAUUUUCUGCAAAGUUGACCUGUUUAUAGGGGUCACCCUGUAUAUAACAGUCACCUUGCCAUUUCCCAAGGGUGACUGUUGUACACAUGUUUGACUGUACAUCAUAGAAUACAAAAUUUAGAUAAAGGCAGGCCAAUAAUACUCCAAAAUAAAUGUUUCUGUUUUCUUUGAAAGUUGACUGUCUACAACCAUAUGGGGGGUCCAUGCUACCGCUGUCUAUUCCCCAGUCCACCUCCACCAGAAUCUGUUGGAAACUGCUCAGAUUCAGGAGUCCUGGGACCAGGUAGGACAACAACACAAAUUAAGGUGAUUUAGCAAAAGCUAUCCAUCACAGUGCAAAAAAAAUGUUUUUGUCUGAUUUGCUGAUGUGAUUAUUACUAUUUUUUAUAAUAUUUUUUAGUGCCUGGUGUUAUUGGUACACUACAAGCUCUAGAGGCUAUAAAAAUUGCUGUUGGAAUAAAACGUAUCCUUAUUGUAUAUAUAUAACAUUAUGCACUUAACGUCAGAUCCUGAGGGAAACAGUUAGUUUUGUUUUCCCGAAUAUAUAUAUUCCUCCUUAAUUUCACUGUCAGCCUCCUACUCGCAAAAGAUGUUAAUUUAUGAUGCACUUGAUGGCAGGUUUCUUACCAUCAAACUACGACCAAGACAGUCAUGCUGCUCUGUUUGUGGAGACAAUCCUACAAUAAAUAAACUGCAGGAUUAUGAACUCUUCUGUGGAGCCUCUGCUACUGAUAAGGUCAUUAGAAGAAAAAAACUCAUAAUAAAUGUACAACCACCUUUCACAAGCUAAUGACCAUUUAAGUAAUUUUUGCAAGGUUACCCCCCUGCUUCUCCAACAAUAUGUUGCCGUGCAAUAGAAAAGCAUCCCAUUAUGGAAUCGCUCCUAUUGAGUUGUGUCAAAUGUUUCUGUCAAUCAAAUGUCUCCUAUUAUUUGUAGGUGGAAAUUUUUUAAUUGGUGUAGAGCGAUUGCAUUUCCUAAUAAAAGGGAGAGCAGUGCGAAAGCUUUGAAUUAUCGAUUUGCUUAUUUAAAAGUUAAAUUACCUUAGUAUCGUGGAAACAAUACGCUAACACUUCAUCCAGAGUCAAAGGAUGCAACAUGCGUCUGCAUCCUUUGUGAGCACGCAAAAUUAAUAGUCAUGGGACCCGUGAUUUUACAGCCAACAUGGAUCAGUUGGCAGAAUUCCCUAAUACCCUCGAUUCCAGGGGGAGUAGUGCCUCAAUAGCUGCUGCCAUGAGGGCCUCAUGGGGUUGGCUUGUGUGCAUCUUCACCUUACCUUUACCCAUGUAAACUAUGUACUUUUCCCAAUCAAGGCACUUUUAAUGUGGGCCUCUAUGAAACAUGACCACUUCUCAUAAGUGACACCACAACCACUUCAAUUUCUACUUCUCUAGUUUAGAAUCGAAUUUUGUCCAUUGGUCUCUGAUCUUCCACACAAUGUGGUCUAAUCUCUUUUAGCACCAUGCUUCAUCAUAACUCAGAAAUUCUGUGCAAUAAAAUUAUUAUUUUCUCUUUGAUUGUGGACACGUGUGCCAGACCUGUUCCAGGGGAUUUGUUAUGGUUAAAUCCAUUUUAAGGUUAAACUGCAAUUGUUUAACUAGGUUACCGAAUUACAGGCCUUAGGGUAAACUAGAACCCAUUCAGACAGGCUAACCAUGAUAGGUUAAACAGCUGUUUACCCUGAGAAUGGAUACAGAUGCAUGAACCCGUUGUGGUCAGACUCUAGCAAGUGACCAACUGAGUCUUACUGGGCUGACGGGUCCAAAGCCAACCAAACAAAGGACUGCUGUAAGCAAUCAAGUUUUAUAUGACCUGCUUGAAUGGUGUUUUUCUUUACUUAUAGACCCCAUCUUUGAGAAUUCUACAGAAGCAACAAAGAAUCUCUGUUCAGGCAAGUAACUUUUAUUAUCAAAGUUUUACCAUAAUAUUAUUAUUACCCACUAGUAUUGGCUGUCCAAAAAAGGUUAAAGAUUUUUAAAUAAUGACAAGUUUAGGAGCAAAACUCAAGAGUGAAAAUUGAAUACAUUUGACUAUAAUGCACUCGAAGGCUGCUAGAUUGCCCUAGUCGUGUAGUUUCUUGGCAGUGUGCUGUUUAGAAAAAACAACAGAGGACUUUUGUCUAAGGAAACAACAAAGUUGGCAGAAUCCAUGAUGUGAGCUGUCCUUUAUAUACACUUACAUCGUAAUGGCUGCAAUAAUAUUUUCCCUUUUUUUAAAAUAAUGAUAAAAUCAUGAAAUUUAUUUGGAUCAGUCAUGAGACCCUCUUUGGGGGUUAUGUAUGUCCCUAGUCUGAAUUUCAAACCUGUUGUUUCGCGUUUUGAGGAGGGAGCCUUUGUUGGUAUUUUACUAUUGUAUUUGUGCUUUUCUCUGUCGCUGUUGCAGUUUCAACUCAUCUUUGUGUCUUUUGUCAUCAUUUCUGCUAUCCUAUGUUGCUUUUUCAAGGCCAUGUUGAUUGUCAGAAUUUUAUUCUAACAGGGCCUCAGUCAUGUGCUCCUGGAUCAGUAUUGAUUCUGGGAAACUACCACCUACCCCUCUCCUAACCCAACUAACCCAACAUUUUGCCCUUAGUGAGAGGUUAGUGUCAGCCUUGGGUUAGGGGAGGGGUGGGUGGCAUUCCCAACGUCUUUAAUAUACUGAUUGCAAUGGUCAAUUCUAUCGUUUCUGCUGAUGAGUGGGGAAGAGGCCAGGUCCCAUUUGUUUUAAUGUCUGAUAGCACUAUCCACUGCAUAAAAUCACUAGAUCCAGUAGAUAGGUAAAUUAGGGAAACCAAAAAUGCAUUAUCUGGACACUGGAUACAUGUAGAGACUUAUCCAAAAAUAAAUCCACCUUUUGAACAACAGGGGGGCCAGAACAUUAAAGUUUCAGUUAGGUCAAAAUUUUUCAUUCCUGAAAGUUGGCACCUUCUACAGUAGACCUUAUUUCUUAGUUCCUCACAUGCAUUUGGAGUAAGCUUUCUAUAUUCUCAUGGCUUAUUAUCUUUUAGGAAUAUAAACAAGUGGUUGAACAAAAAUGUCCUCACAUUCUUGUGGAUGUACGGGAACCUGUUGAACUGGAUAUAUGUUCUCUUCCUGGAUCCUUAAGUAUCCUUUGCGGUAAAAUGUUUGUGCAUAGUAUAAAAAACCACUCAUGACUGAAUAAGCGAUCUCUAGUAAAUAAGUACAUCCACCCACCACCCAGAACCCACAGAAUGCACAGAAGUUAUCAUAAAAAAUUCACUGCUGAUUAUGCAUACUGGUUGCGGCAACAACUAACAGAUUCAUUUUUCAAAUUAUCGAUUCUUCAUGGAAUCUUAGGGUGGGGGGUACACUUGACCUGGGCUGACAGUAAUACAGGUGAAGUUAACGUUGUUGAUCAUGUUGCUGAUGAUGAUAACAGCAGUGAUGGCAGUGAUCAAAUAACAUUCUCAAACUCAUUAAUAAUUCAUAAAGAAAAUACAAAGACAAUUAAUGUUUAAUGAGUGUUUGGAAAUCGGAUGAAAAACUGCUCAGUAUUUGCAUCCUUAAUUUCUCCUUCAAAAAUGAUUUUGUUUGAGAAGAAAUAUCAAACAUUCGACACAGUGUUUCAUCACCAGAUGAAACACCUCGAAGUUCGUCAAAAAUACUCCGCUGCGCGUCGUAUUUUCAACUCUCUUCUCGGUGUUUCAUCUGGUGAUGAAACACUGCGUCUCAUGUUUGAUAUAUUACGUAAUAUGAUGACAAUGGAUUUGCGUACUUUGAGUGAUAGGUAUAUAUGGGUAUAAGAACCUUUAUUGUUAUUGCAUUCCAUUUUGAGUAACUCGAUCAUUUUCCUCAGCUAAUAUGCUGCUUGCAAGAUAUUCCUCUGAGAAUCCUUCAUUCUUCUGAGCAGCAGAAAAAACUUAGACAGGCUGUUUCCCAUUUUGCUGAAGAAAAUAAGUUAAAAGCAGUUAAUGGUGAGUGGUUAACUGACUGUAAUAGAAAUUAAAGAUGAAUUCAUCUGCAAAUGCGAUAGCCUGUGCCACAGACGGAACUCAUCUUCUUGCUAAGUCUGUCUUCUAAACAGUGCUGAAAUCCUAGUCCUGGGCUUCCACCUGUGUAACAGGAUUUGAGUACCGGGGGUAUGUGCCAUGAAUGGCCUGUUAAAAAUGCCGUUGUUGAUUUGCCAAUCACCUUGACGAAAAAUUCAAAAUGCAUCUGUGGUAAUUCGUUGCGUCUGUUGGGGACUCAGAACAAGGAUAUGGCCGCACAUCUAACUACAGGGGUUAGAUUACAUCUGCGACACAGGCUGCGUAUUCAAAAGACUAUCAGAUAACACAUCAAUAAAUAAACAUUAUUAAGUUAUGAAUAUAUGAAAAUCAUAACGUGAAAGAAGAUCAUCUCAGUUAUAGAUGCAACUUUUGCAGUUGCGAAAAGAAAGCCUGAAAAAAUUCAGGCUUGUACGGGAUUCAAACCCUUGACCUCUGCGAUAACGGUGCAGCGCUCUUACCAAUUGAGCUAACAAGCCAACUGGGAGCAGGUCGUUGAAUUGGUUCAUUAUAAACCCGUGAAAGGAUUAUGAUGAAGUUAUCAAUGUAUUAAAAUCAUAGUUGCAUCUAAGUUUACGAUGAUCUUCUUUUAUAUAAAUAAGUUAUUUUUGUCACUUUUAAGUCAAUGAAGAAGUUACGUUGUAAAUAAUAACAUUUCUUUAAUGUAUUUUUUUGAAUUAUUAUUAUUUUUGUUAUGCACAAAUUGUAUCCUAAUGAUAUUAAUAUUUCUUAAUAUUAUUUUUGCAGUAUAUGUAUUAUGCAAGCAAGGCAAUGAUUCACAAAAAGCAGUCCAGUUAUUAAUAGAUAAGGGAUUUUGCAAAAAUCUCGACAACCUUCUAUUCAAUGAUGAUCCAUCAUGUGUUAGAGACAGCACCCUAGAUACAUCAGCUGGAGGGAAACUCAAUGUUACAUUUAAAGACAUUGCUGGUGGCCUUCAAGCUUGGGCCACACAUAUUGAUAAGGAUUUCCCUGUUUACUAGUGCAAAUGGCUAUACAUAGUGCUGAUUUUCUGUUCCAGUCCAAUAAAUAUUGUAGCCUAAAUUUCGGCCAAUCUCCUUGAGGCACCAACCCAUAAGAGAGUGUGACUCAAGGAAACCGUGCAACUUAUUUAUAACACAGAGGCUAGUUUGGCUGGGCAAAUGACUGACACAAAUAAUUAUCUUUAAAAAUGAAACAUAAUUGAGUUAAGAAUCCCGGCUGGCUGGAGGCAGCCUUUGUCACAGAUAGGCCCACUGUGGACAAUGAGUGGCUUAUAGGGCCCCCAGCUGUGUAGCAGGAUUUAGGUGCACGCAAUGGUUGGCCUGUUAAAAAUGCCAUUGUUUGAUGUGCCAACCAGGUUGAAGAAAAUUUUGAAACACACUUCUGGGAAUUUGUUGUGGGAGCCCAGAAGAAAGAAAUUGGUGCUGCUUUGCAGACAUUAGGUACAGUUAGAUUACACUUUUUGAUAUUUCUUAUGGAAUAUCACCUCAUCAGUUAUCUAAGUACAAGUGUCAUGCAUCCCUGAUGGUUUUUCCAUUCACCAUUCAUUAGCAGGAAGCAAACUAGUUAGGGCCCAAAAAUUUGAACUUGGGGCUCCCAUGAAACAAAUCAAUCCAGUGGUCAGGGCUAGACGUGAACCCAGGGCCUCCAGUUUGUAGCUCAGCAAUCCAACUGCCUGGCUGGACUGCCUCCUUAAGGUAAAGACUCUGGCUGUUAGCUAAAGUAUGAUAACACUUUUUGUUUGAAUACCAACUGAAAGACAGCUAUGUGUACAUUAUACCAAUGCGUUUAAUAACAUGAAAAGUAUUGCAACUGACUUUAAGAUAAAAUAGUAAUAAUAAUUAUUAAAAUUUUUUACCUUAGAAUGUCUCUUUUGAUCACUUUGUGACCAGAUUUAUGUAAUGCGUG